CCCGCACGGCUCUGCAGUCUCUUCCGGGGCAGUGAUUGAGCUCGCCGGUUGCUGGAGCUCAUAGUCCCCUGUGCCUGCAGCCGCCGAAGAGGGAGGUGCAGGGUACUGAGGAUUCUAUCGCCUGGAGGCUUCUGCAGGAGGACUAACGUGUGUUAAACCAAGGCUAAUCGUGACAUUAUGGCAGGCCUCCUGAGAUCGGUUACUACCAGCUGCUCAAGUCCCCUUUUCAGUAGCCUCGUUUCUCUGAAGGCGCAGACUGUGAAGACACCAUGCCUGCGAAUGUUCCGCACUCACCAGGUUCUCUGGUGCCAGCAACCAGUAAGACCAGGCGUUCCAUACAAGCAGAUCACUGUUGGGGUGCCCAAGGAGAUAUUCCAGAAUGAGAAGAGAGUGGCGCUGUCCCCAGCUGGAGUGCAGGCUCUGGUCAAACAGGGCUUUAACGUGGUGGUGGAAACAGGAGCGGGAGAAGCUUCUAAAUUCUCCGAUGAUCAUUACAAGGAGGCUGGGGCCAAAAUUCAGGGGACCAAGGAUGUGUUGGCUUCAGACUUGGUUCUCAAAGUGCGGGCACCCAUGUUAAACCCUGCUCUUGGAGUGCAUGAAGCAGACAUGUUCAAACCAUCCUCAACUCUUGUCAGCUUCGUUUACCCUGCUCAGAACCCCGACCUGCUGAGCAAACUCUCUGAGAAGAAUAUGACUGUCCUGGCAAUGGACCAGGUGCCUCGUGUUACAAUUGCCCAGGGAUACGACGCCUUGAGUUCAAUGGCAAACAUUUCCGGGUACAAAGCAGUGGUAAUGGCAGCAAAUAACUUCGGACGCUUUUUCACUGGACAGAUCACUGCAGCAGGCAAAGUUCCACCAGCCAAGGUCCUCAUUAUUGGGGGCGGUGUGGCUGGACUGGCCGCUGCGGGAGCAGCUAAAUCUAUGGGAGCAAUUGUGCGAGGAUUUGACACCAGGGCUGCAGCUUUAGAACAAUUCAAAUCCCUGGGGGCCGAGCCACUGGAAGUGGAUCUGAAGGAGUCUGGAGAGGGCCAAGGUGGUUAUGCAAAGGAAAUGUCCAAAGAAUUCAUUGAAGCCGAAAUGAAGCUCUUUGCUAAACAGUGUCAAGACGUGGACAUCAUUGUCACAACUGCUCUCAUUCCUGGCAAAACAGCCCCAAUUCUGUUCCGUAAGGACAUGAUUGAAUUGAUGAAGGAAGGUUCCGUUGUAGUUGACUUGGCUGCAGAGGCUGGAGGAAACAUUGAAACCACUAAACCAGGAGAUAUCUAUGUCCACAAGGGUGUAACUCACAUUGGAUAUACUGAUAUCCCUAGCAGAAUGGCCAGUCAGGCAAGCACGCUCUACUCAAACAACAUCACCAAACUUCUGAAGGCCAUCAGCCCAGAUAAGGAUAACUUCUACUAUGAUAUAAAGGAUGAUUUUGACUAUGGUACUAUGGAUCAUGUCAUUCGAGGAACUGUUGUAAUGAAGGAUGGUAAUGUCAUUUUCCCUGCACCACCUCCGAAUAAAAUUCCUCAGGCAGCCCCAGUGAAGCAGAAAUCUGUCGCUCAGAUAGAAGCUGAAAAGGCAGCUUCCAUUUCACCGUUUAGGAAGACUAUGAAUGGUGCUGCUGCUUAUACAGCAGGCCUGGGCACCCUUCUCAGUCUGGGCAUUGCAUCACCCCAUUCUGCCUUCACUCAGAUGGUGACAACCUUUGGAUUGGCUGGGAUUGUUGGUUACCACACAGUAUGGGGAGUCACUCCAGCUCUACAUUCACCUCUUAUGUCUGUGACUAAUGCCAUCUCGGGUCUGACAGCAGUGGGAGGACUGGCCCUCAUGGGAGGAGGUUACCUGCCCACCAACACACAUGAGCUGCUGGCUGUCCUCGCUGCAUUUGUGUCUUCCAUUAACAUUGCAGGAGGUUUCCUGGUUACACAGAGAAUGCUGGACAUGUUCAAACGUCCAACUGACCCUCCAGAGUAUAACUAUCUCUACCUGCUCCCAGGAGGAGGCUUUGUUGGUGGAUAUGCAGCUGCCCUCCAUAGUGGAUAUGACAUUGAACAGAUGGUUUACCUUGGUUCAGGCCUGUGCUGUGUUGGAGCCCUUGCUGGCCUAUCAACUCAAGGCACUGCCCGUCUAGGUAAUUCCCUAGGUAUGAUGGGAGUGGCCGGAGGAAUCGCAGCCACCUUGGGUGCUCUUAAACCAAGUCCAGAAUUACUAGCACAGAUGUCCGGAGCAAUGGCACUUGGUGGCACUAUAGGUCUGACCAUUGCCAAACGUAUCCAGAUAUCAGAUCUACCCCAGCUUGUGGCUGCUUUCCACAGUCUUGUGGGUCUGGCUGCCGUUCUCACCUGUGUAGCUGAAUACAUGAUUGAAUAUCCACACUUUGCAACUGAUCCCGCAGCAAAUCUCACCAAGAUUGUGGCUUAUCUGGGUACCUAUAUUGGUGGCGUCACUUUCAGUGGCUCCCUUGUUGCUUAUGGAAAACUGCAGGGUGUCCUUAACUCGGCUCCACUGCUGCUGCCUGGAAGACACAUGCUAAAUGCAGGCUUGUUAACCGCCAGUGUUGGAGGCAUCAUUCCGUACAUGCUGGACCCAAGCUACACCACAGGAAUCACAUGCCUUGGAUCAGUGUCUGCCCUUUCUGCUGUCAUGGGUGUCACCCUGACUGCCGCCAUUGGAGGUGCCGACAUGCCCGUCGUUAUCACCGUCUUGAACAGCUACUCUGGGUGGGCUCUGUGCGCGGAAGGAUUCCUGCUGAAUAACAACUUGCUAACAAUAGUCGGUGCUCUGAUUGGUUCCUCCGGUGCCAUCCUCUCCUACAUCAUGUGUGUGGCAAUGAACCGAUCCCUGACGAACGUGAUCCUGGGAGGUUAUGGAACUACAUCAACUGCUGGUGGAAAGCCCAUGGAAAUUACUGGCACCCACACAGAAAUCAAUCUGGAUAAUGCAGUUGAAUAUAUAAGGGAGGCCAAUAACAUAAUUAUCACGCCAGGUUAUGGGCUGUGCGCUGCCAAGGCUCAGUACCCUAUUGCUGAUUUGGUGAAAAUACUUAAGGAGGCAGGCAAAAAUGUCAGAUUUGGUAUCCAUCCAGUAGCAGGCCGUAUGCCAGGUCAGUUGAACGUACUUCUGGCUGAGGCAGGGGUGCCAUAUGACAUUGUGCUGGAAAUGGAUGAGAUCAAUGAAGAUUUCCCUGAAACGGAUCUAGUGUUGGUGAUCGGUGCCAAUGACACAGUUAACUCUGCAGCACAAGAAGACCCCAACUCUAUCAUCGCUGGAAUGCCUGUCCUGGAGGUGUGGAAGUCCAAGCAGGUCAUUGUGAUGAAGAGAUCCCUUGGUGUGGGUUACGCAGCUGUGGACAAUCCCAUCUUUUACAAGCCUAACACCUCCAUGCUUUUGGGAGAUGCUAAGAAGACUUGUGAUUCCCUGCAGGCCAAAGUCCGAGAGUCCUACCAGAAUUAGAUGCUCCUCUUGGUUUUUAUACAAGCUCUUUAUUGGCCAGUGUUAACUGUUUUUUUUUUUUUAUAACACACAUUUUAUAUAGUACAACAUGUUAGGCAUGGGAAGUACAGCAGAUUUGCACAAAUGAGCCACGCGUGCAAAGUAGCAUGAUAUUCUUCAAUAGGUAAUGCAAAUUUCCACUAAAGGCAUCUAAAAGCCGAUUUUAUAUCUUUCUACCCAAGACACAGACUACAGCUCUUCAUACAGGUCGUACGUGCUGCUCCAUACAAUAUAGGGUCGCAGUGUUACCAUAGAAUCAAAUUAUUAUAUUGAAUAAAAGAGUAAACAUGCUCUUGCCGUUGUAGGGAAUUGGAGUGGUGCCCUGUUUAUUAUUUUUGAUUCAGAACUUGGUUGCAUUUUAUUUUAAUCCAAGCCUAAGGACUUGUCUCCCAAUAAACCAUCCUGUUCUUGGGACCACAGCCUUUAAGGCCCUUCAUUAUCCAGCACUCACGAAAGGGAUUGCUGCUCUCCACCCUCGUUCUAAAGAGCAACACAUCAUUUAGAAGUCAUGUACCGGAAUACUUGUGUGUUGUGGGUAGCUGUAAAUGUGUACAGUGUGAAGCUCCUGGUGUAGAUGUGACUUUGUGUUUCCAUUGCAACAACAAGGGAUGUGAGAGGAACGUAUUACUAGAACUAAGUUAUAAGGAUCUACGAGUAGACGUAGCAACGUUUAAUCUCGUGUUCGUCAUAUUGUGAGAAAUAAUCAUAGGAUGUAUUGUGACUUAAGCCUCGCUGCUACAUCUAAGCUGUAUUGUCUCUAACCUCAUUUCUGUUCAGGAGCCUCUGCUGUUAAACCCAAGCACAGUCCAUAUAAAAGUGAUUAGAAACCAGUUUUCAGCAAAUAUGAAGGACCACAGCUAUUGAUAUUUCUUAUUGCAGCACCUCGUUCGGUUAUGGAGUCCGAAGGCAGAGAGCACAUACGUGGAUUCUCCUGCCGCUGGAUAUCGUAGAAGGUUUAUAUCUCCAGAAUCUCUCAGGUUAUCUUCCUCUAGAGCAGACUUACACACAUGUGCCAUAGCAUUACAUGAUCAAGACGUAAGCGUGUUCCUGGGCAGUUGUCUUUUUAACUUAUUUACUUAUAAUAUAAUCAGGCAGCUAUAUUGAAGGAGCAAUAUCUUUAGCCCGAACCGCACUGAUUUUCCUUUAAAAAAAAAAAAAAAAAAAAAAA